AUGGAGAAUAAGGAUGAAACAGCAUCCAUAGGAAAUAAAAACAAGGAUGAAGAAAUAUUUAAAUUAAGAAAAUUAGUAUCAAUAUUUAAAAAUGAAUGUAAAAAAUUGAAAGAGGAAAAUGAUAAUCUAAAAAAAAAAGAGAAUAAAAUAGAAAAUAGUGAUGGAAAUGUAAACGAAUAUGGAACUAAUAUACAAGAAAAAAAUGAAACAAUUAAAAGAAGUAUUAUCGAAAAAAGUUAUAAAAAAUUAAAAGAUUUUACUAUGCUAUUAGAAGAUAAAUUAAAAAAUGUAAAAUUAGAAAGUGAAAAAAAGUGUGUAGAAUUAGAAAAUAAAAUAGAAGAAUGUAAUAAAAAUAAAAAUAUAUAUAUAACAGAAAUUGUAAAUUUAAAAGAAAAAUUAAGAGAACAAAAUUCAAUUAUAGAUGUAUUAAAUAAAAAAAUAGAAGAAUAUAAAAUUUAUUUAAGAUCAGAAAAAAAUGUGCAAGCAUGUUAUGAAAAUAGUAUAGAUCAAACAAUUGAAUAUAAAAUCGAAAUUAGAAAAUUAAAAGAAAAUAUCGAAAUUCUAAAAAAAAAUAAUGAAAUCACAUCAAAGGAAAGGCAACAAUAUAGAAGCAUGAUUAUUUUAUGUUCACAAUAUAAAGAAAAAUGUAAGCAAAUACCAAAUUUUCAAAAUAAAAUAGAUUUAUUAGAAAAUAAAAUAAAAGAAAUGGAAGUUUACAAAGAUAAAGAUAAUGAAAAUAUAAAAAAACUUACAGAAUUAAAAAAUACUAUAAUAAAUAAUCAAAUCGAAAAUAAUAAUUUAAAAACACAAUUAAAUGAUUGGACAAAUUUUGCAAAAAUAUAUAUAAAUAGUAAAUCGAUAAAUAUAGAUACAUUAAAAAAAACAAUGAAUGAAUUAAAUAAUAAAUAUAAUGAAGCAAAUUCUACGAAAACAGAUCUUGAAGUUAAAUAUAGAAAAAUUGUUAUUGAUAUAGAAGUGCAAAAACAACUUUUAGAAGAUAAAGAAUUUGAAUUAAAAAUUUUGAAAAAUAAAAAUAUGAGACUUGAAAAAAAAUAUGAAUUUUUAAAAAAAGAUUACCUUCUUGAUUUUACUAAAAAUAAUACAAACAUUUCAACGAAUCCAAUAUCAGAAAGUAAAAAUGAUGAAAAUGAAAAUAAUUGUAAAAUGGAAAAUAUCGAAUCAAUUUUAUCAACUAAUAUAUCUAACCUAUUGAAUGAAACAUAUAAUGAAAAUGAUAGUGAAGAAAUAAAAAAAAAUAAAAUUGAGAAUUUAUUAAAAUUAGCCAAAAAUUAUAAAUAUAAAAUAGAUUUCUUUGAAAAUGAUAAUUUAGAAAAAGAAAAAUUAAUAGAAAAAUUAAAUAACAAAAUAAAUAAAUAUAAAACAGAUUUUGAAAAUACACAAUUAAAAGAAAAAAAUAUACAAGUAUUUACACAAGAUUUAUUAUUAUAUGAAAAAGAAAUAAACUUUUUAAAAGAACAUGUUGAAAUUUAUAAAAAACAAAUUUUAAAUCUUGAAAAUGAAUUAGCCAAUAUUAAUAAUUUAUGGAAAGAAGAUAAUGAAAAAAAUGAACUUUCAAUAAAAAAUUUAAAAGAAGCUCUAAAAAAAGCCCAAUUUGAAGCCAAAAUUAUUGCAAAUUCUUCAUCUUCAAAUACUGGAAAAAAUAUAAUAGAAACAAAAGACACAAAAAAUGAUUCAACUUUUCUUUAUAAAGAUAUUGAUAAUAUGAAUUCUAUUGAUGAAAUACAAAUCAAAAAUUUAAAAAAUGAAAACUUAUAUCUUAAGGCGAAAAUAGAAGUAAUUAAAAUUUAUUAUACAAAUCAAAUAAAAAGUUUUAGAGAAGCCUUUCUAUAUAUUUUAGGAUGGGAUAUACAAAUAGAACAAAAUGAUGAAGAAAUAUUUUUUAUAUUUACAUCUAUGUUUUCUACUCAUGAUGGGAAGUUUAUAUUUAUCAAAGAUAAAAUGCAAAAUGACAAACGAUCAUAUAAUAAAGAAAAAGACGAAUACGAAAAUUUUAAGCGCAUCAAAUUGGAUCAUGAUCCCACUUUUGAUACAUCUAAAAAUGAUCCCACUUUUGAUACAUCUAAAAAUGAUUCCACUUUUGACACAUCUAAAAAUGAUUCCACUUUUGGCACAUCUAAAAAUGAUUCCACUUUUGAUACAUCUAAAAAUGAUUCCACUUUUGACACAUCUAAAAAUGAUCCCAUUAGUGAAAAGACAAAAGAUGAAAUAAGUCACAAUACCGAGCAAACCUCCCAAUGUGGUGUCGAAAAAGAUCUUGAUACAGAUGAACAGUAUUUUGCAGGAUUGUUUGGAAAUAAAAAUCAAAUUAAUGCAGAAAAAAUUAUUGAUAAAAUAAAUUUAAAAAAUACUAAUAUUAAUAUGUCAACAAUUAUGAAAGGGUGUAAAUAUAAUUUGUUACUCCAAGGAUAUUACAGUAUUAAAUGGAAUGAAAAUUCUGAUUGGAAAAAAUAUAUAAAUAAAAUAACAACGUAUCCAAUUCUUUUAUCAUUAUUAUGUAUUGACGAAUAUAACAACAUCAAAUCACAAUACCAAAACAGUUUGUGUAAAAAUUCAAGGAGUAUGCUUUUCAAAAUAUAA